AGCCCUGCUUGAGAAGAGAGAGAGAGAGAGAGAGAGAGAGAGAGAGAGAGAGAGAGAGAGAGAGAGAGAGAGAGAGAGGUAGAGAGAGAGCGAAAGAGGUAGAGAGAAGGGGGGCGAGAGAGGUAGAGGAAGAGAGAGAGAGAGAGAGAGAGAGAGAGGGAGAGAGAAAGAGAGAGAAAGAGAGAGAGAGAGAGAGAGAGAGAGAGAGAGAGAGAGAGAGAGAGAGAGAGAGAGAGAGAGAGAGAGAGAGAGAGAGAAAGAGUGCACCAACAUCAAGAGUGCGCCAACAUCAAGUGCGCCAGCAGCAAGUGCGCACCCAGUCGUACACCAUGCGGGACUCCCCACAGCAGAAUGGGUAGAAUAUAGGCUCUCAGCACCA